GGAAAAAAAUGCUGCUGGGUCUAUAUAAGAUGCACCUAGACUCCUGCAUAGCACAACAAGAAUCCCAGCAAAGUGCAGAGUACUGUAGCUGCGGCCCAGCUGAACUCACUACUUUGGAUUUUGAGCCAUGGUGUCCAUACAGAAUGGGAUGAGGUGCUCCCCGGCAUGGAUCUUCUUCUGCUUCUGCUGUCUUCCUCUCCUUCUCCUGGCCCUCCCCAUGCCUCCAAAAGGAGCAGGAGUUGCUCCUGCCAGUCAUACCUGCAGACUCAGAAAGAUCAGCUUCCAGCAAUCCUACAUCAGGAAUCGCACCUACACGUUGGCCAAACUGGCUAGGCUCUCGGACCAGGACACAGACAACAGGCUCAUUGGAAAGCAGCUGUACAUUAAUGUCCAGGAGACUAAUCGCUGCUAUGUGAUGAAGAGGGUAAUAGAGAUCAUAGUGGAUGAAGUACUUCUCUCUGUGCCCAAGAACCGUUAUCCACACAUCCAUGAGGUGGCACAGUUCUUAGCAGCUUUGAGAACAGAGCUAAGCGGCUGCAAAUUCUCAGGACACAGAGAACAUAUCGAAAAGAACCUGGAAGAAAUGAAAGACAAAAUGAAACAGUUGGGAGUUAGUGGAAAGAACAAAGCAAUUGGGGAGCUGGAUUUGCUCUUUGAUUACAUGGAAAAUGCAUGCACAGAAGCGCCAAAGAGAAUUGUUACUAGUAAGGGAGGAAACAAGAAGAAAAACUGAAAGAAGCUCCAGGAAACCACUGCUACGAUACCAACCAUUUAUCUAUUAAGA